GAAAAUUAAACCCCAAGAAAAAAAGGGAAAGAAAGUGGAGCUUUUCUCUUCUAUUGAUCUUGUGGUGAGGUAGUGAUUAAAUAUGGAAGCAAUGAACGGAUGUUCAUCUUCUACAACAUCAUCUGACUCGUCUUCUUCGGACUCUAAUAUGUCUGCAAAGGCCUCAAACAGAGCCGAGAAGAUUAAAGGUCCCUGGAGUGCCGAGGAGGACAGAAUUUUGACUCGGCUUGUUGAAAGAUACGGGCCUAGGAACUGGUCUUUGAUAAGUCGAUAUAUUAAGGGUCGAUCAGGGAAAUCUUGCAGGCUUAGGUGGUGUAACCAGCUGAGCCCCAAUGUGGAGCACCGUCCGUUUUCUCAAACUGAGGAUGAGACCAUCUUGGCUGCUCACGCUAGGUAUGGUAACAUGUGGGCAACCAUUGCUAGGUUGCUUCCGGGAAGGACUGAUAAUGCUGUGAAGAAUCAUUGGAACUCAACUUUGAAGAGGAGGGCAAGAGGAGGACAACAUCACCAUCAUCAUCAACUACAACAACAUCAGCAACGGAUCUCACCGAGUACUCAUCAGCCAACGGAUGGUGGUGAUCAUAGUGCAUUGGGAUCUAUGGGGAUAGAGAUAGAUGAGGAAGCGUUGACGGCGUUGACCCUAGCGCCUCCUGGUAGUAGUGUUAGUACUAGAAGCUCAAUGGCGGCGGCCGAGAGGAGAGAGGAGAGAGUACCGACAGAGUUUUGGGAUGCAAUGAGAGAUGGGAUAGCAAGAGAGGUUAGAGAGUAUAUGAGCUCCACGUUAUCAGCUGAGACAUCAGGGUUUCAUUAGGACCAAAACAAAG